AUGGAAGUCAUGGAUCUUGAUUUCGAUUGCUUCCUGGUGAAACUCGACAAUGAGCAGGAUUACUUUCGCGCGCUGACUGACGGACCGUGGGUGAUCUUUGAUCAUUACCUUGUGGUCCAACAAUGGACCCCCAAAUUCAAGGUGUCAGAUCCACUGCCAAAGAAGAUGAUUGUUUGGGUUCAAUUGCCCGCCCUAAAAGUCCAUUUCUAUCACAAGGAGGUCUUGAUCACCCUCGGCAACUUGAUCGGUCGCACGAUUAAGUUGGACUUUCAUACUUUAAACCGACAACGUGCUAAGUUUGCAUGA